UUCGGCCAUUUCCGUUAAGGCGCGGCGGCGUGACGUCACCCUCGGGGAAGUCCGCCCUGUUCCCCUUUGGAGAAGACGGUCGGCCAUUUUAAGUGACAUGAGUCUUCAUUUCACACCGCUACAGUAGGACGGAGAGCGUCAGGACUCAAUUUCGUCUCAUUCCUGUUACAACUGUUAGCGGAGAAUUGGCUGCCCUGAACUGAAACGCUUCCUUAAAACCAAAAAUAAGCAGUAGAACCAAGUGAAGUGACGCAUAAGCCAGUAGAGUCCAGGUGUCGAGUUGUUCCAUUUUUUUCCUGCACCUCAAUGUAGCUAAAGAGGAAAUGGCUGUGGAAAGCAUGACUGUCCAUCCAAACUCCCCAACUACCAACCACGAACACAACAGUCUCCUGACUGACGAAAGGCAAGAAGAUGGAGAGCUGGAGGAAGGCGAGCUGGAGGACGACGGAGGAGAGGUAGAGGAGGAGGCGGGCCGAGGUGCAGCCGGAGCAGGAGGCAGUGGAGAGGAUGGAGGAGUUGACGCAGGAGGAGAUGGAGCCGGGGAAAGGUCGCGACACAGCAAGGAGCGCCACGCCAGCACGGGCUCAGAGGACGACAGGUCCCACCGCCGCAAGAGGAAGAGGAAGAAAGAAAGGGAGCGAGAGAAGGAGAAGAGGAGGUCCAAGAAGAGACGCAAGUCAAAACACAAACGCCAUGCGUCCUCUGAUGAUGACCAUUCAGACUACAGCGAUGACUCGGACUACAGUCCCAACGAAAAGAGGAAGUACAGAGAGUACAGCCCUCAGUACCCCCCUCCUUCUCACGGGGGCUAUGGCAGCUCCAAGAAGGGCGGCUAUAUGAAGAUGGACAAGCAGAGCUAUGGUGGCUACGAUGACUAUGAGGAAGAUAACUACGAGGGAGAGGAUGAUGAGGACAUGGGCGACGAAGAUUACGAUGACUUCACCAAGGAGCUCAACCAGUACCGCAAGGCCAAGGAAGGAGGAGGCGGGCCAGGCAAUCGUGGCGGCCGAGGAGGCAAAGGUCGUAUGAAAAACCAGAGAGGUCGUGGAGGGAUGAGAGGGGGGAGGAGAGGAAGGGGGGGCAGAGGGCGAGGUGGACGCGGAGGAGGAGGAGGAGGAGGAGGAAAGAUGGGAGGAGACGAUGAUGGAGAUGGAUACGGAGGAGAUGACAUGGAGUAUGUCGAGGAUGAUUACGACAACAUGGGGGAUGAAGACUAUGAUGAUUACUCCAAAGAACUCAACCAGUACAGGAAGUCAAAAGACAGGGGCAGAGGCGGUAAAGGUGGGCGGGGGCGUGGUAGAGGUAAAGGUGGGCGGGGCAUGAACCGAGGAGGAAAGGGUCGUAACCGAGGGCGAGGAAGAGGAGACAUGGGGAAUGAUGAGGAAAACAAUGGAGACAUGGAUAAUGGGGAUGGAUGCUCAGGAUUAGGUGGAGGGGGAGGUGACAGUGGACUAGGACCUGGCAGGAGGAAUCAGAAUGAUAAGUACCAGGAUAAGAAAGGGAAGGCCAUCUGCAAAUACUACAUCGAGGGGCGCUGCACCUGGGGGGACCACUGCAACUUCAGCCAUGACAUUGAACUGCCCAAAAAGAAGGAGCUGUGUAAAUUCUACAUCACUGGCUUCUGUGCCCGAGCCGAGCACUGUCCCUACAUGCAUGGUGAUUUUCCCUGUAAGCUGUUCCACACCACAGGAAACUGUGUCAAUGGAGAUGAGUGUAUGUUCUCCCACGAACCACUUAAUAAUGACACACAGGAGCUCCUCAAUAAGAUGUUGGCAGAGGAUGCGGAGGCAGGGGCAGAGGAUGAGAAAGAGGUGGAAGAGUUGAAGAAGCAAGGGAUCAACCCGCUCCCUAAACCCCCUCCAGGAGUAGGACUCCUCCCCACACCUCCGCGCCCUGGACCCCCAGACGCUGGCGCCAGUCAUGGGGAAUUCAGCGGACCAGUUGGGGGGGAUUUUGGACAUCCCUCGGUACCUAACCAGGGGACCAUACCUAACAAAGGACCUCCUGGACCAGGGCCAAUCCCUGGGCCUAACCCUUGUGGUGCACCCCCUGUUCCUGGCCCAGAAGGAGGUCACUAUCAGGGAGGCCCCCCAAACCCCAAUGGACCACCUCUCUCCAUGGGUCCACCCCCUCCCUGUGGUGGAGGGGGAGGUGGUGGGGGUAAGAAGAUCCCCUCCUUGUUUGAGAUUAAAGUUCAGCCGACAGGACAACUGGCUCAGAAACUUGCUGUCAGAAGUCAGGCGCCCACUACGACCCAGGGUCAGUCUGGUCUGCCUGGUCCCCAAGGAGCUCCCGGUGGUCCCCCAACCUGCUUCCCAGGCCCCCAGAGUCACCCAGGCAUGAUGUCACCUGAUAUGCAGAACAUGGGCCCUGGUCUUGGGAUGAAUCAGGGCCCACCUAACAUGGGCCCUGGAGGACCCCCUAUGAUGGGAGGAUUUGGGUCUGGUGAUGGGGCCCCACAUGGGGGCAUGAUGCCACCAGGACCCACCCAAGGUGGAGGAAACUUCUUUGACAACUUCUUCAACCAGCAGCAGGGCAUGAAGAUGGAAGGAGGGGGAGACGAAGGUGACAACUACCAGGGCUUUGGCGGGAUGGAUGAUCGGGGGGGAGGAGGAGGAGGCGGCAGCAGUGGUGCGGGAGCUGGGGGAGGGAAAUUUGGUGACCAAUCAAGUGGCCCUGAUGGUUCUGCUAAUGGAGGGUCAACCAAUCAAGGAGGGAUGUCUGUGCCUGACUUCCUGCCUCCAGCGCAGCGUGUCCUCUUCAUGCGCAUUCAGCAGAAGCAGCAGGAGGAAGAGGAGAGGGCUCGCAGGCUGGCCGAGGGAGGCACAGAGAAGAACAAGGAUACAGAAGGUGACUCAGGGAACUGGUACUCCAGUGAGGAUGAGGAUGGUGGCGGUAGUGUUACCUCCAUCUUGAAAACGCUCCGCCAGCAGACCCAGCCCCCUGCAAAAUCUGAAGGCCCCCCGAGUGACCCCCGUCUCCAGAAAUCAUCUCCCGCCCAACCGCCGUCCCGCCCUGCAGACCCGCGCCUAGCCCGGGACCCACGUCUAGCCCGAGUCGCCGAUUCAUCCCAAACCUCAGACUCCACCCACUCAGCGCCUGCUCUAGCUUCCUCUGGGCCCCCAGCAGACCCCAGGCUAGCCCGGCUGACAGCUUCUGCCUCCUCAGCUGGAUCAGUCUCUAUGAGCCCCCCUGCUCUGAAACCAGAGCCCCCCCUGGUCUAUAAGCCUCCCCCACUCACGACUCCAGCAGUGGAGGAAGAGGAGACGGAGAGGGUUCUCCGAGAAAAGCCAGUUCCCAUCCCUCUGGACCCUCUGAUGGGCAUGGCGCUGAGAGACCCCCGCUCCCAGCUGCAGCAGUUCAGCCACAUCAAGAAAGACAUUGUCCUCCAUGUGCCUGCCUUCGCCAAGACCAUCACCUGGUCACCAGAGGACCUCCUCCCUCUGCCCAUCCCGAAGCAAGACUUCCUGCCCCUCCCUCCGGGAAUCCCCCCUGUUUCUACCUUGGACCCUCGUCUGUCGCGGCCACAGCAGCAGCUUCAUACGGUCCCCCCUCACUCCCAGCCCCCUCCGGUCCUCCCUCCAGUCCUCCCUCCGGUCCCCCUUGACCCCCCUGCACCAGCUCCCUCCACUUCCUCCCUCCCAGACUUGGAGCUGCUCUCUCGAAUCCUGAAGACCGUCAACUCCAGCCCGUCCCAGGCCUCCUCACCUCCCCUCCUCUCAACACCGCCGCCUCCCAUGUCGAUACUGGGUCCUCCCCCCCCCAUUGCUCCCUCUGUCUCUGUGGAGAAGCCCGUUGACCCCCGUACGGCCCGCAAGGCCCUUGCAGACCCCCGUCUCCAGCCGCAGAAGUCAGCCCUUAAGCAGCCAUCAGAUCCUGCACCUCCCCCUCUCUCCUCCGCCCCAUUGGCUCCCACCACUAGCUCCCCCUCCCCAGCAAUCGCCCCCUAUGACCCGCGGUUGCUCUCCUCAGGUGGAACAGGGCGUGCUGUCGGGGCUGGGGCUCCAGGGGGCGCCAGUGUGUUGAGCAGCAUCAGUCUCUAUGACCCGCGGACUAACAAACCAGGCAGUCCUGGUGCCAGUAAUGGCGCCAAUAAUUCCCCGAGUUCAACCAGCUCAGAGCCACGGCCCAGCGAGCCCACAACUGGAAAACCGAAGUCUAAGGAGCCCCUGUUUGUCCGGAAAUCAGCACUGGAUCAGCCAGAACCGGAGAAGAGUGGAGAGCAAGCGACUGAUCGAUACAACAGCUACAACAGGCCCCGGCCCAAGCCUGCACCCUCGCCUAACUCCAUGGCCCAGGGAGGGCCUGCCGCCCCUGGGACAGCCGCAGCCUCCAGCCAGGGGUCAACUGGAGCUGCGAGCGACCAAGCUCUGGCCGGGGUUCACAACCUUCCGGUGUCGUCUCUGUUCAGUAUGGUCAAACAGGCCACCAAGCCCAGCGGGUCCGGCAGUCCGUUUGGAGGCAACAGCCCAGCUCAGUCUGACCAGGUCACCACAGAACAGGACAACGCCUCACUGAAGGACGUUUUCAAAGGAUUUGACCCCACAGCCUCACCCUUCUGCCAGUGAUCUGUGACCCAUGACCCCGUCCAUUUUGGUUGUUUUAAAGAAUUCUGAACACUGAACAGUGAGGGAGAGAAGUGAGGAAGGCACUGAGGUGACUGUCUGAUUGGUUGACAGACUUCUGUGAACGUUUUUGGACGACGUCACACACGUUUCAUACAUGCAAACACACACACACACACACAUUAACCACCUACGACAGUGUUGCAGAACAGAUUCUAUGAGUGACUUCUUUGUUUUGUUGGGAGGGACGGAAGUUAAAUUCUCUAUUUUAAAGUAAAAUGAAAAAUGUAUAAACAAAUUAACUCCUCUUCAUCUCCAUGUCCUUUGUCAUCAGUUUCAGCAUUUUCUCUGUUCUAGCGUCUCAUCUUUAGAGGCGUUGAUGCAUGAGGCAAAUCUCUGGGGCAAUAUUACAGAGCAGCACUUCCUGUAAUGGGCGAUAAAUGUAAGAUGUAAACUCAAAAUCCGGACCUAAGUAUUUCCCAGCAAGGAGGUUUUUCUGGGAAAUUGAAACAGCAGUGCUAAGCUAGCUUCCCUCAAGGGAGUAGUAGCAUGACAAAUUGGUCUGUAUAUCACUGCCUUUAAAUUUGAUGUUUCAGUUGUUUUUUUGCUUUCCUUUCACAUCUACAGACACUUUUGGUGCACAAGAAAUAGCCUUAAAUGUUUCUCUGUGGGCGUCGGGGUGGCGUGGCAGUCGAU